AUGACAGCUAUGUCCAUAUCCCUUCUGUCGAAUACAUAUCUCGAUGAAAACUCAGCUCGUAUGAAGAGCAAGACCGUUCCGUGGGAGGGGUAUCAACGGGCAGGCCUCAUCACUCACGACGAAUUGGCAGCGAUUAAGAAGGUCGACCGCCAACCAAGGACUAAAUCUGAAUCGGUUCUAUUGUCAGAAGGGCAGAUAUAUGCCACGUUAUAUCUCAGUCUCCUCAAGAAGCUUCAGAGAGUCGAUACCAUGCAAUGUAUCCUUGUUCUCAUUACGGAUGCGCUACUAGAUCAUGAUGAACGCAUUCCGCUAUUUCUGAGAACCGCAGAAAUCGACUCAGAACUUCCCUACGCGCCACUCCUGAAAUCACUCGAAGCACAGGACGAGUUUGUCCAACUCAAGUCCGCUCAGAUAAUAACGGUCUUGCUAAGCGCAGAGCCUGGCCCUUUACGCCAUCAGCAACUGCAACCUUUCCUCAACACACUUUCUUCAUUUAUACAAGGACCAAACUCGACUGCCAAUAAGCGUGAUAUUGCUGUACAGUGUCUCGAGUCUCUGCUCUCUCGACCUGAUUCUCGGAAGACCGUAUGGAGGUUCCCUGCCAUAAUUUCGGGCUUCGUGGAAAUCCUAAAACGCGUCCCUGGUCCCCAAAUGAGCUAUCAAGCCGCAUUUUGUCUCUGGUUGCUGUCUUUCGAACAGGAGAUCGCAGAACAACUCAACAAGAAAUAUGACGUUGUUCCUGUUCUAAUGGAGGUUGCUCAAAACGCUAUCAAAGAGAAGGUCAUCCGUGUGGUUGUUGCAACGUUCAGGAAUCUAGUCAUGAAAGCGCCAUCUGCCAACCUACCUGCUAUGCUGGUUUGCCAGCUUCUGCCGUUUGUUAAGAACCUUGCUGCCAGAAAAUGGUCCGAUGAGGACAUAUUGGAAGACGUGUUGUUUCUCAAAGAGGAAUUGAACACGAGAUUCCAGAGCUUGACAACAUACGAUGAAUAUACGUCGGAACUUGCCUCUGGUCACUUGUCAUGGACGCCUGUGCAUGAAUCUGACGACUUCUGGAAAGAGAAUGCUGCAAAGUUGGAUGAAAAGGACUACGAGCAACUGAAGAUUCUUAUUUCAGUCUUGAAACAAUCUACCGAUCCCACAGUGCUGGCAGUGGCUGCAUCAGAUGUUGGUCAAUACGUCAAACAUCAUGAUAGGGGCAAAAAGCCUGUUACCACCCUUGGUGGAAAGGAGAGAGUCAUGGAAUUGAUGACGCAUCCCCAUGCAGAUGUUCGCUAUCGUGCUUUGUUGUCAGUACAGCAGCUUGUCAGCCAGCCUUGGUUGGCAUAA